AUCUAUCUCUCUCUCUCACUCGAAGAGAGAAGAAAAUCCAAAUUCAACAAGUCAUAGCCAUUAGCAAUGGCGAUUAAAGCUUUUCUUAUACUUGUCGUGUUAUUCUCUUCGUUAUACAGUUCAUUCUCUCUUUAUGAAGACCAAGUUGGACUCGUGGACUGGCAUCAACAGUACAUCGGAAAAGUGAAGAAUGCAGUUUUUCAAACUCAGAAAGCUGGUAGGAAGCGUGUUGUGGUAUCCACAGAGGAGAAUGUCAUUGCUUCGCUUGAUCUUCGGCAUGGGGAGAUUUUUUGGAGGCAUGUUUUUGGGGACAAUGACACCAUCGAUGCAAUUGAUAUCUCCAUGGGAAAACAUGUUAUCACCCUAUCAUCAGAGGGAAGUAUCUUAAGAGCUUGGAACCUUCCUGAUGGCCAGAUGGUUUGGGAGUCGUUCCUUCGUGGAUCAAGGCCCUCCAGAUCAUUGUUAUUGACUCCAACAAACUUGAAAGCUGAGAAGGACAACGUGAUUCUUGUUCAUGGCAAUGGUUACCUGCAUUCUCUUUCGAGCAUUGAUGGUGUCAUUCUCUGGACAAAGGAUUUAUCACGUGAAGGCAUUGACAUUCAACAUUUGAUUCAUCCUGAAGGAAGCGAGGCAAUGUAUGCUAUAGGAGUUGGUGAUCUGACCCAGUUUGAAGCAUAUAUAAUCAAUGUUAGGAAUGGUGAACUGCUGAAGCACAGCAGGAUGGCAUUUCCUGGUGGAUUUUCCGGUGAUAUAUCUCUUGUCACAAGUGACAAAGCAGUGGUGCUGGACUCCUCUGGGUCAAUUUUAGUCUCAAUAAGCUUCACUGAGGGAGAAAUAAAAUUUCAGCAGGUGAACAUUGCCAAUCUUCUUCAGCACGUGUCAGGCUCAGCUGUGCUAUUGCCUUCUAAACUUGCGGGAAUGGUCGCUGUGAAAAUUGGGAAAUCUUUGUCAUUCAUCAAAGUGACAAAUGAAGGCAGAUUGGAGGCAGUGGAUACAGUGCCUCAUCCUGAGGCUGUAAGUGAUUCUUUGCCUUUUUCGGAAGGCCAAAGCGGUUUUGGGUUGAUUCAGCAUGAUGGUUCUAAGAUUCAUCUCACAAUAAGGACUGGUAAUGAUUUGAAGAGCUAUUUACUCGAAGAAAGUUUUGAAGUGGACCAACAUAGGGGGCUUGUCCACAAGGUUUUCAUCAACAACUAUAUCCGAACCGACCGAACUUAUGGAUUUAGGGCUUUGAUUGUCAUGGAAGACCAUUCACUGCUAUUGAUGCAACAGGGUGCGAUUGUCUGGAAUAGAGAAGAUGGGCUUGCAUCUAUUAUAGAUGUAACAACCUCGGAAUUGCCUGUAGAGAGGGCUGGGGUUGUCUCUAAAGUGGAGCAUAGUCUCUUUGAAUGGCUCAAGGGCCAUCUGCUGAAACUUAAAGGGACCCUAAUGCUUGCGACCCCUGAUGAUAUAGCCGCGAUUCAGAGACUGAGGUUACAAAGUGCUGAGAAAAGCAAGAUGACUCGAGACCAUAAUGGGUUUAGGAAGCUACUCAUUGUACUUACGCGAGCAGGAAAACUUUUUGCGAUUCACACAGGAGAUGGCCGAAUUGUUUGGUCCCUCUUACUGAAUGCUUUUCGUAGAUCAGAGAUAUGUGAAAAUCCCAGGGUGCUCAAGAUACAUCAGUGGCAAGUCCCCCAUCAUCAUGCAUUAGACGAGAACCCAUCAGUCCUUGUGGUUGGUACUAGUGGACUUAACUCAGAAGCAUCUGGAAUUCUCUCUUUUAUUGAUGCUUACAAAGGAGAGGAGCUUAAUUUCCUAGCACCUGCUCAUUCUAUUGCACAAGUUAUUCCACUGCCAUUUACGGAUUCCAUCGAGCAGCGUCUGCAUCUACUGAUAGAUGCUGAGGGGAAUGGCCACCUGUAUCCCAGAACUCCUGAGGCAGUUAGCAUUUUCCAGAAGGAGUUGGGAAACAUAUACUGGUACUCAGUUGAAGUAAAUAGUAAUGUAUUAAGGGGACAUGUGGUGAAGAAGAAUUGCAUACCUGAGAUAGGCGACGACUACUGUUUUGAAUCCAGUGACCUUUGGUCUGUUGUGUUCCCCUCUGAGUCCGAAAAGAUCAUUGCAACCUCAACAAGAAAAUUAAGCGAGGUGGUUCAUACACAAGCUAAGGUAACAGGGGACCAGGAUGUGUCAUAUAAAUAUAUAUCUAAGAAUCUGCUGUUUAUGGCCACUGUUACACCCAAAUCUGACAUUGGCUCAGUACUCCCAGAGGAUUCCUGGCUGUUUGUUUAUCUCAUUGACACAGUAACUGGCCGUGUACUGCACCGGAUGUCUCAUCAUGGCUCUCAGGGACCUGUCCAUGCGGUGUUUAGUGAGAACUGGGUUGUCUACCACUACUUCAACCUACGAGCACAUAGAUAUGAAAUGUCUGUCAUUGAGAUCUAUGAUCAGUCUCGAGCGGAUAACAAAGAUGUGCUGAAGCUUGUUUUGGGAAAGCAUAAUCUCACGGCAGCCCUGUCUUCGUACUCGCGUCCUGAAGUGAUCACUAAAUCUCAGUCUUAUUUCUUCACUCAUUCUGUGAAAACAAUGGCAGUGACAGCAACAGCAAAAGGCAUUACUUCCAGGCAGCUGCUUAUUGGCACAAUUGGAGAUCAGGUUUUGGCAGUUGACAAGCGUUUUCUAGAUCCUCGAAGAACACUGAACCCUACUCAAGCUGAAAAAGAGGAAGGGAUUAUACCUCUUACCGACUCAUUGCCAAUUAUGCCACAGGCUUACGUCACACAUGCCCUUAAAGUGGAAGGCCUUCGAAACAUAAUAGCUAUACCAGCAAAGCUGGAGUCAACCACCCUUGUCUUUGCUCAUGGACUGGAUCUCUUUUUCACUCGGCUUGCUCCGUCAAAGACCUAUGACUCUCUUACUGAAGAUUUUAGUUAUGCAUUGCUUCUCAUUACAAUAGUUGCCCUGGUUAUAGCAAUUUUUGUAACAUGGAUUUUGUCCGAGAGGAAAGAGUUAGAGGAGAAGUGGAAGUGAGUCAAGUCCAUAUGCUACUCCAUGACGUCUUCAACCCUGUAAUUUUGAGUCCUAACCUUUUGGCGUUGCUUAUUUAAUAGGAAAGUUAAGCUAGGCUGUGUUCUAGAAACUUAUCUUUACACAUAACUAGGUUGUAGGCAGUACAAUUUUGUCAUGACAAGCAUAUGAAGUGACAUAGAAACUCUUUCUUGUAUGACAUGAUGAAGCCAAAGGGCUUUGCUUUUUGCUAUAUCCUUUCGCGAAGAUGUUGAGUGUCAA